CCAUAGCUGGCUUUGAAUGAAAGCUUAUAGAUUGAAACGAUCCAUCGUCCCUCCAAAAGCUUUGAUCAAAGAAAACUAUGGCUCGCGCAUGGGGAUUCUCUGCCGCUGUCUCUCUUUCCGCAAAGAUUGUCGAGAGAGACUGCUCGAUCUUGGCGUUUGGCCAUCGCCCGGAGAGGAGAGAUUUAAAGAGGAAGUGAAAGGGUUUCCUUUUUUUUUUGUUUCUGUAAGAUUUUUGUCUUGUUGGAGUGAAUGGAUUGAGAAAAGAGCUCCAGAGUUAUGAUGCUCACGCCUUGUUUCUUGGAGGAGGACUACGCCCUCUCCAUUCCAAGCUCGUUUGAUUCCUCUCCAUUUGGGAGGAAGCUCAAAUCUAGGCAUGAAAGAUCGAAGAGCGCUCCCUCGAACGAGCGUUCUUUCGAUGGGUCGGAGGAUGGAUCCUUCUGGGACGUGUAUACUCCAACUGAUCAUCGCAAUUGGAGGUGUCUCGAUUGGAGGACGAAGCAUCGUCUCGCCCUGGAACGGGAUGUUUGCUUGCUCCAAAUCCGGCUACAAGAGGAGCAAGCCACACGGGCAUCGUUGGAAAAAGCUCUCGUCAAUGCUUCCAGCUGCCUCUCCCCCGAUUGUAAAACCAUCGCUACAAAGGCGAGAGACCUCAUCGCUGAGACAGCACUGAUCGAGCACGAAGUCGCCCAUCUGGAAAAACGAGUUCUUUGGCUCUACCGGAAGAUCCUUAUCGAAAACGUGAUCAAAUUCUUAGUUCGUAAGAAACAGCAGGAUGAUCACCACCACCACUCGCGAAAAUCUCCCUUGUCUCAAGAUCCAAUCUUCAAGUCGAGUUUCAGGGACAGAUUGUCGAGCUCGCUCUUAUCAUCGAGUUCUCCAGUCAGUAGCAAGGCAUCUCCGUUGCAUCAUCUACUCGGAGCAAUCCAGCCAAGGGCCCGAAAGAAACUCUCUGAGAUGCCAGAAACCCCCCCGAGCUUGACGCUGGAGAGGUUUUCCAGUGGUUUUGUUGGAAGCCCCAGCGAGCUGUCGGCAGCGCUCGUUCGUGGCAUGGCUGGGAUCUUUGGCAAGCUCGCAGAUGUGCCUCAAAGCUCGCCAUCUCCACUCUUUUCCUCCUGGUCGAGUUCGUCCAGCCCCCGGAACCUUGGAGGCCUCUUGAGCAAUCCAUUCCAGCUCUCCAAGCAGCUGGGAGACUGUGGAGCGUACAGGUUUGUCGUGGAGGUUCCUUGGAUCUCGAUCGACAAGCAGCAGCUCGGCUACGUAGCACAGCCUCUUCAAGAAUUCAAGACGAUGGUCAAACAGCUCUCCAAGGUGGAUGUAGCAUCCAUGGAUUGCAACGAAAAGCUAGCGUUUUGGAUCAACAUCUAUAAUGCGCUUGUGAUGCAUGCACAUUUGGCUUAUGGAAUCCCAACCAGCAAAUCUAAGCGAGAAUCACUUCUACACAAGGCAGCCUAUAAGGUUGGCAGUGUUUCUGUGACUGCCUACACUAUAGCACAGUUUGUUCUCGCUUGGCGAUCAGAUUCUCAAAACUCUCGAGAGUGGCUGCAAGCUUUGAUAUCUCCCCUAGCGCGGCCCAAACCGAGGAUCAAACGUACGUUUACGUACAGCCUUCCACAUCCGGAGCCCCUCGUAUGUUUUGCACUUUGCUCCGGAGCUCGUUCUGAUCCAUCGUUGCGAGUUUACACAGCAAUCCAUGUCAGAGCCCAGCUCCAGAUUGCGAAGUUGGAGUUUUUACAAGCAAGUGUUGGUGUUGGAGCCAAGAAUACACUACUCCUGCCGAGAAUCCUCCACGACUUUCUGAGCGAGAUUGGCGUUAGCAGCAGGGGACUGCUGCAGUGGCUGUGUCACAAUCUCCCCGAGCAACACUCUCUCAGUCUCAAGGCUUGUGUCAAGCAUUUGGCGUUUGAAUGGCUGCCUUAUAACUCAAGCUUUAGAUACAUGUUUGUACGGGACUUGCUAGAUUUUGGAUGAUAAUAUAAUGUUAUUUCCGUCUAAA